AGUUAAUUUCAGAUCUAAAUUUUUUUUUUCUUGCGGUUAAAAUAAAAUGAGUAAAUUUAUUCUUCAAAAAAAAAAAUAGUAAUAAAAAAUUGAAAUAUUAAACGGAAAAAUAAUUAAUCAGAGUAAAAACGCAAAAAUUUUAAUUUAUAUAUAAAAAAAAAAAUUGAGUUUGAAAAUUAAAUAGAAAAAAACAACAAUGAAUCCAGAGGUGACAGGAAACUAUUCAACUCCAAAUGAAAUUAGAGAAAAGGAAUUAAAAAUGACGCAGGAUAUAACAUUGCAUUUAGUUAAAAAAAAAUUGGAAACAUUUCAAAAUAAUGUAAUAAAAGAUGUUCAAAAUAAAAUGGAUGAUAUGGUAGAAGGAUUAAUAAAGGAGAUUCAACGUCAAGAAAUCCAAACAAAUGAUUUUAAAAAUUUUGCAACAGAACAAUAUGCUCAGAUUUGGUCCAAUAGAAAAAUAAUUAAUCACGAUAAUGAAAACAACAAUUCAACUACAAAUACAAAUAAUGUUAAAUAUCAAGGAACAGAUGUAAAAAAACCAAAAUUUAAAUUUCCCGAAAAGAUAUUUAUGCCAAGGGAAUCAUAUUUAACAGCAUUAUUAGAAAUUAAACAUAUGCGUAGCAUUUAUAAUUUCUUUUUUGUUAUUUUCAUUUUUGUAUUUUUAAAUAAUGGAAUGCAUGAUUAUUUUAUUGAUGGUAAAAUUAAAUUUGGUUUUGAAACGAUAAUAACUGGAUUUGGAAAUUUACAUAUAGCAUUUUUGGUAUGGCUUGGUUUACAAAUAUCAACAAUUGGAAUAUAUUUUGCAUUUCAAAUUUGGUCUAAAAUUCGAAUAACAUUAAGAUUUAAUGAAUCAUUAGAACGUUUAUGGAAUUAUAGUUGUUUAGUAUUUUUUAUAUCAUUUUUACAUAUAUUUUUUUAUACGGCAUGUGUAUUAUGUCCAAAAUUAGAUUUACCAUUGAUAUCAUCAUGUUGUGUUCUAAUGGAAGCGACACGUUUUAUGAUGAAAAUGCAUGCUUUUGUACGUACAAAUGCUGUAAAACAAUUUAUUGGUAAAGAAAAAAUUGAAAUUUUAGAUAAAGAAAAUGAAUUUAAUAGAAAAAAUCAUGAUAAUAUUGAAUGGAAACCAUUACCUUUACCACCAUUCAAAAAUUAUUUAUAUUUUUUAUUUGCUCCAACAUUAAUAUAUCGUGAUUCGUAUCCGAGAACAAAAAAAAUUCGUUGGAAUUUUGUUGUUGCACGGCUUUUAGAAGUUUUUGCUAUAAUAUUUUUAUUAAGUCAAAUUCAUGAAAGAAAUAUGCGUCCAUUAUUUAUUGAUUGGUGUAAAAAUAAUAAACCGAUAACAGCUGGUACAAUGGUUGCAUCAGCUUUUGGUAUGAUGAUGCCAGGUUUAAUAACAAUGUUAACUGGUUUUUAUUGUAUAUUACAUGCAUGGAUGAAUAUUGGUGCUGAAAUAAUGCGAUUCGCUGAUCGUAUGUUUUAUAGAGAUUGGUGGACUUCUGGUAAUUAUACAGCAUAUUAUAGACAUUGGAAUAUUGUUGUUCAUGAUUAUUUAUAUGAAUAUAUAUUCCGAGAUAUUUAUUAUUUAACAAAUGGUUCAAAAAAAUUAGCAACAAUUGCUGUUUUUUUAACAUCAGCUAUUAUACAUGAAGUUAUAUUAUCAUUUGGUUUAAGAUUCGUUUAUCCAGUUAUGAUAUUCUUUUUUAUUAUAAUUGGUGGUAUGUUAAUAUUAUUAACAAGUAGAUUAUCACAAACAGCUGGAAAUAUAAUUAUUUUAGCCGGAUGUGCAAUGGGUAAUGGAAUGAUGAUGGCAUUCUAUUUUAUGGAAUAUUAUGCAAGACAAAAUUGUCAAAUUGGUAAUAAAUUUACAGAUUAUUUCAUUCCAAUUUCAUUGUAUUGUAAUGCAAAAUGUAGUUAAUUUUUAUUUUUAUAAUAUGUAUAUUAUUAAAUAAUAAUUAAGUAAUUAAAAUUAAAAAUUAUAUUUAAAUAAAAUUUAUUUCUUAUAAUUUAUAUUAAUAAUUUUAAUGUUAUAAAUAAUACUUUAAUAUUAUAUUUUAUUUGGUGAAAAAUUUUUUUUUAAAUUUUUAUAUUCAAUUAUUUGGAAUUAUAGAAAUUUUUAUAUAAUUUACUUACAUAUUAAGAAAUUAGACUUUCUAGGAUGAAAUAUUUAUUGUUUAAAAUUUAAAAAAUUAAUAUUUAGAUUGAAAAAUAAAUUUACGUAA